CUGAUGUCACGAACUAUGAAUAGAAAAGAGCAGAAGCCCUGAGCUAUCCCUCCAGGCUCAUGACUUUUUAAAUUAGAUUAGAUUAGACUUUUCAUCGAUUUGAGCAAAGAACAGAAUCAUGAGUGGAAGAGGCAAAGGUCUGGGUAAGGGAGGUGCCAAGCGUCACCGCAAAGUCCUCCGCGACAACAUCCAGGGAAUCACCAAGCCCGCCAUUCGCCGCCUGGUUCGGCGCGGCGGCGUGAAGCGUAUCUCCGGUCUGAUCUAUGAAGAGAAUCACAGCAAGUUGAAGGUGUUCCUGGAGAACGUGAUCCGCGACACCGUCACUUACGAGCACGCCAAGUGAAAGACCGUCGCCGCUAUGGACGUGGUCUACGCAGGGCUGCACUCGGCGCUUAACAACCCGGAACCUGAACGCACCGUGAUUCUUAACCCAACGGCUCUUUUAAGAGCCACACGCUCUUUCAACUACUGAGAAAUCACCUCUGCACGUGUUUAAACUGUCGCGUGUUUUCACUCAGGUGUAUUUCAAGUCCGUUACACGGUCGUUUCGUACCAUCUCUAUAUUGUGUCCUUACAGUCCAGUGGACGUCUGCACCUGACGGUCAUACAGGACACGAGGUUGACCUGAGCAACACCAGCGUGCCUGUAGCUUACUGCUGUUCACUGUCUUACUGCGGAUACAUUAUUUCAAUUUAAACGACAUAAUCUUGACACACACAUGGACCGGGGAAAUGCCGGUCCGGCGAGGCGUCUUCCACGACGGUUUUUAUACAAAUAUGAAACUAUUGUUUUUCUACACAAAUAUCAUUUAGCUCAUAUGGGCCAUAUUUAAGUUAGUGUGUCGGUGGUUAUAUUAUUAAUUAAAGCAGAGUAAACACCGUAAACGUUUGCAUACAACAUGCUCGGCUGAGCUCGUCACGCAGGUGCAGUCAAUCACGUGUAAAUGUUCGCUGAUUUGAAGCCUAAAAGUUACACGUUAGAGAUGAUGGGAGUGGGGGAGAGAAGUGCUGUGACCUCUUGUAUUCUGAUGAAGUUGUUUAUGUACACCUUUUUAUAAGUUUUUUACUGUAUUUACAUCAAUCAAUAUUAAUUGAAGUUAACUGUCACAAUUUGUUUUCACUGCACUGUCGGCAGUUAAUGCUAUUAACUGGACCAGGUGUGUUCUCAGUCCAAAGAGUCAUGAGCCCUUUUCCAUCCAUAAUUUGUGACGUCAGGAGGGGGCCCGAGAGGUGGGAGGAGGCCUCAUGGGGUUUUAGCAAAUGAAGACCAAGGCACAAAUAAAGAAAUAAAAACAAACAAAACACUGUG